AGCGCGCGCAGCCGACUGAAGCGAGUAUGAUAGAGGAGGGAAGCCCUUCACAAAUGUAAAGGUGCCCCAUUAAGCGGUUGUGCCUUUAAGAGCGUGAACUAUUACCGCCAGUGGACUGACUGACUUGCUAGAAAGACUUUGGUGGAACGCUCGUAGCAGCUCUUGUAUUACCCGAGCCCCUUCUCAGAUGAACAACGCUCACCCACACAUGAGCUCUCAAAGUGGUCUGACAGAUGGCUGCUAAUGUAGUAAAGGUGUCUGAAGCAAAACGUGAAGUCGUGUUGGGCUUCGUAGAGGAGGCAGAAUCAUGGCAGCUCCUCAGUUAUCAUUUUCCAAGUAAAGUCGGAGGGAGACCCGCGUGGUUGAGCCAAGUGGAUUUGCCAAGUCUUUCUGAGUUACUGUGUGAGAAAUGCAAACUCCCAUCAGUAUUUCUACUGCAGGUGUAUGCGCCAAUUACAGGAUAUGAUCGAUGUUUUCACAGAACACUAUUUGUGUUCUGCUGCAAGACACCAGCCUGCUGUACUCGAAACGACAACGAUUGUUUUAAAGUGUUCAGAUGUCAGCUUCCAAGGAAAAAUGAUUUUUACUCCUAUGAUCCUCCUCCUGAUGAGAAGCCAGCACACCUAGUGGAAGAACAUCGGGUUCUAAUCUCCGGGCUCAAAUUGUGCAGGCUGUGUGGUUGUCUCGGACAGAAAGCUUGCUCUCGUUGUCACUCUGUCACAUACUGCUGCAAAGAACAUCAGACCAUAGACUGGAAAUACCAUCACAAGAAAGAAUGUGCAAAUGAAGUUUCUCAAAAGCCAGAGGAGCACAAUUCAUGUCUAUUUCCUGAGUGGGAGCUGGUUACUGAACCAGAAGAGCUUCCAGCAAAAGAUACAAAAAACCAUGAAUCCCACUGUCUGGAUCAGGAGAGCAUGGUGUCCUUAAAUAAUGGUUUGGAAGAAAGUGAGCUAGAGAGUAUGGCUCUCCAUGAAACGCAGGACUCGAAUGUGUUUCAGAAGUUUAAGGAGCGCAUUGCUAAUGAGCCACAACAGGUUUUGCGGUAUUGUAAAGGGGGGUCUCCUCUUUGGGUAUCAGCUGAACAUGUGCCACAUGAGGACGACAUUACAAAAUGUCCAUGUGGUGCUAAACGUGUCUUUGAAUUUCAGAUCAUGCCCCAGUUGCUUAAUCACCUCAACGUGGAUAGAACAGAUGCCAGCAUAGACUGGGGGACCGUGGCCAUCUAUACUUGUGCUGAUAGCUGUGACCAAGGCAGCAAAUAUACUGCUGAGUUCAUUUGGAAGCAAGACAUUUCAGCAGAUCAAGCAGAGUAGAAUUACACUGAGUUAAUGACAAUGAGUCAUUAUGGACAAUUUGGUAAAAAUAGGAUUCGCAUUUGUAAUAUUAAAGAAAUGUAUUGAUUUGAUGUGAUAAAGGCACUGGUUACUAAACUGGAAUUAAAUGAGUAUUAGCAAAUAAUUCGUAUU